CCUUUACUCUGAUACCCCUAAAUAAAAUCCAAUACAACCAAUUGGCUUCAGAAGUUAGCUAAUUGAUAGAUUUCUCUGCACAGCAUUCUAAGACUUAGUAAGAUGGGUCAUGGAUAAGGUUUGGAGAAGUUUAAAGCAGUGUUGGGGUAUAAAAUAACAUACCAAACUUGCCGCUUAAAAAUGACAAUCCAGGCAGAAUAUUAAUCUAAGGAGCAGCCAAGAGGCCCAUGGUAAAACUGGAGGAGCUGCAGAGAUCCACUGAUGUGAGAUCAAUAUGGCCUACAUGCAAAUUGCUACAUAGGGAGGACAACUAACACUCAUAUAACUGAGCCCACCAUCCACACAGUGAAACAUGGUAGUGGCAGAAUCAUGCUGUCAGCAGAGCUGGUCAGAAUGGAGCAAAACUGAGUCCUGGAGGCAUACCUCUUAGAAACUGUAAAAAAGAUUUAAGAUUGGGGUGGAGGUCCUUAAUCCAGCAGGAAGACAACCUUUAAACAUACUGCAAGAGGUACAGUUUAAUUGUUUAGAUCAAAGUAUAUUUAUCUCUUAGAGUGGCCCAUUCAAAGCUCCUUUUGCUUUACAAUAACGCCCUACUUUGUGUUGGUCUGUCACAUAAAAUCCUGUCAAAAAAAUUGAAAUUUGUGGUUACAAUGUGACAAAAUGUGAACAAAGCAAUUGAUUACUUUUGCAAAUACCCGUAAGGGGCUGUAAAUACAGUAGUGUUUUAUAGAUUUGACUUGACUGUUGUGUCUGUCUUGUGACUGUGUUGGGAAACCUUUGCUCCUAGGCAGUUAAAGUGGAAAUAAAAGGCACAAGCACAAUGCUGCGCACAGCAUUAUCAGUCUGGGUUAGGGACUUUCAGGCUUUUCCACAUUUUAGAUUAUGCGAGAAGAAACUGAAAGCACUGAAAAUCAGGUAGCUCUUAUUCACAUUUUGUUUAUUUAAAAAAAUGAGGAACACACUAAAUCCAGACCCCAUAAACAGCAGUAAAAUAAUUUUAUGUUGUGUAUGAAGCAAGACAGGACAAUUGUGGGAAUUUCCUCCUGUUGUUUUCUUUCUUUUUGGGGCUUGUCAUUGCACUUCCUCUAUCUACUCAUAAAAACCGUCCUCUUUAUUUCACAACACGGUUCAUUCAUUUCAGUCCGGUGUCUCUCCUGCCUUCUCCAUGCAGCAGGUCAUCAGUGUCUGGGUGCGAGACCCGCGGAUCCAAAAGAAUGACUUCUGGCAUGCCUACAUAGACUAUGAGAUUUGUUUGCAUACCAACAGCGUGUUCUUCACCAAAAAGACCUCGAGAGUGAGGAGAAGGUAUAGUGAGUUUGUGUGGCUCAGACAGAAACUGCAGGCAAAUUCAUUACUAAUGGUACAGCUACCACAGCUUCCACCCAAAAACCCCUUCUUCAGUCUGAACAAUGCUCAGCAGGUUGCAGAUCGGAUGAAAGGACUCCAGAAGUUUUUGGAAAAAAUCCUCCUGAGCAAUCUGGUGCUGUCUGACAGCUGCCUGCAUCUUUUCCUUCAGUCCCAGCUGAGCGUUUCCAAAAUAGAGGCCUGUGUUGCCGGGAAGACCAGUUUCUCAGUAGCCCAGGCUGUCCACAACAGCACCCUGAGGAGAUUUCACUCAGAGGAGGAUCUGCAGAGGGACCUCAGUGUGUCCUGUGACUCUGACUCAGAUAGCUCAGAGUGCAGAGAGCCAAGGCCCAAGAAUAAAGACAUGGUAUUAAAUAAAUCGAAGACAACCACACUUGAUCUGAGGGGGAUCUGCCAAGAGGAGAUCCUUAGUUGCUCGUCUGGUUCUGCAUGAGGACUAAAAACUACUGAACAAAAGCUUGAAUCUGUUUACUUGAUUCAUAUCUCCCUGGAUGUGCAAUGACCUAGAAAACGCUAUCUGUUACCCUGUCCUGCAAAAUGUUUUCACUUUUGAGUGAUUUUGUUUUGCCCAAAUUGGUAAAUCUGUGAUUAAUUUGAUCUUACACUCAAUGUAUGUGCUGUGUAAAUAAUGAGUUGCAAACGUUUUCACAGUGUCUCAUGUUAUAACCUUAGACCUUUGUGUAUUUGAUUGGGAUUUCAUGUCAUAGAACAACCAAAAGUAUCAUGUUAUUGUAAAAUGGAAGAAAAAUAGCUGGUUUUCAACAUUUAAAGAUCUGAAGUGAGUGAAGUCUGUGACUAUAUUCAGCCCCCUUUACUCUGAUACCAUUAAAUAGGUUCCAAGGCAACUAAAUGCUUAAAGCAGGGUUAGCUUAUAAAACAAUGGCUGAAAAAAACAAAACAAAACCAAAAAACGCACUGCACGUCACAAUAAACACACCAUCCCCAUAAUGAAACAUGCUGUCGGGUUACUUCUCUUCAGCAGGAACAGGGAAGUUGGUCAGAUUUGAAUAGGAAGAUGAAUGGAGCUAAAUACAGGGCUAUACAGGAACAAAACCUGUUAGAUGAAACAAAUCUGAGACUGGGGGAGAGGGUCACCUUCCAGCAGGACAAUAACCCUAAACAUACAGCCAGAGCUACAUGGUUUUAGAUCAAAGCAUGUUCAUGUGUUAAAUUGGCCCAGUCAAAGUACCAACCUAAAUACAGUUGAGAAUCUGUUGCAAGACUUCAAAAUCAAUGUUAACAAAGGCUCUCCAUCCAACUUGAAUGAGUUUUAGCUACUUUUAGAAGAAAACGGGUAACAUUUUCAGUUAUUGAAUGUGCAAAGUUGAUAGAGACAUACCCAAAAAAGACCUGCAGCUAUGAUUGCAGCAAAAGGUUGUUUUAUAAAAUGUAAGUAAAUACAUAUGCAUGCCACACUUUCACAUUGGUAUUUGUGAAACAUUUUUAAGAUCAUUUUCCUUAUACUUCCUAAUUAUUAUGUGAAAUGGGAAGCAAUUAUUCUACUUCUUUGUGUCUAUCUGUCACCUAAAAUACAACUAAAAUACUAAACUUUGUUGUUGAAAGAAAAUGUGUAAAAAAGUUCAAGGUGUGUGAAUACUUUUGUAAGAGAAUUAUACCAUCCAUUUUGUUUUGUGGUAGUGAUAUCCUGUAAGCUUGGUGGGAAAUUUGUAACGAUAUUGCCCCUGAAGGUGGCAGUGUUGUCACGGUUUGUACAUUUAUCUUUCUCACAAACAUGGUGUAUUGUUGCUUCAUAAACGGAUACUGACAGAAGCGUCA